AUUACUGGAAACCUCGGCUUCUCCCCCUCCGCCGCUGCUCCCGUUUAACAUCAGAAACGAUACGGCUCCGAUGCUCCUAGGUCUUCUCGUCCUUUCUCUCGCAUUUCAGGGCACCCUCGCGGUGACAGAAUGCGAGGAAUGCAAGUCAAUUGUGGACCUUUUGCAAUUUGAGUGGGGAGAAAAGAAGACUGAAGAAUGUGUUAUGGAAAUUGCGGUUUUUAUUUGUGAAACGUUCCAUAUUGAAGAUAAUGAUGUCUGUAACUUUAUUAUUUCGGAUUUCUCAGACGAAUUCAUGUAUGUCAUCAAGCAAAUUCUCGUGACUCCACAUCAACUUUGCGGAUUGCUUAUGAAAAAUGACUGCGGAGACUUCGUGGAUCCAUUGGCGACAAUUUGGAACAUGACGAUUCCUGGAAAUCAGCCACCAUUCGUGCCGAAACAAGUUGUUCCGCCAGGCAACCCAACUCUGCGAGCACUUCACUUGACCGACCUUCAUGUUGACAUGUUCUACACGGUCGGGCUCGAGGCAGACUGUGGAACUCCGCAAUGUUGUCGACCACAAGAUAUGAAUGUGGAAAUCGUUGAAAACGGAGAUGUCAAACAACCUGCUGGACCUUGGGGAAGUGUUGGUUCGUGCGACACACCUUAUUGGCUUCUCACGAACAUGCUCCAAAACAUCGCAAGUACCGCUGGAAAACUGGACUACAUUAUGGUAUCCGGAGACCUUGUGUCCCAUACAGUUUGGGCGUACACUCCGGAAACCCACUCGUUUAUGGUAAAAAACUUGUCGGAUACGAUUCGCUCGUAUUUCCCAAAAACUCCGGUCUACUUUGCAGUCGGGAAUCAUGAAGGAGUUCCUGUUGAUAAUAUUGCACCACAUUUCACACCGAAGAAGUAUCAUAUGGAUUGGCUCUACAAGGCCAUGUCAAACGCCUGGCAGGGAUGGAUUCCAGCGGAUCAGGAGAAGAGUUUGGAAUAUAACGGAUGCUACAUGAAGAAGAUCUAUGAUGGGCUUCGAAUGAUUUCGCUGAAUAAUGUUUAUGGAGAUCGCAUCAAUUUCUGGCUAUACAUCAACCAAACUGACCCAGAUGGCACCCUUCAAUGGCUCAUCAACCAGCUCCAAGAUGCAGAAAAUGUUGGAGACAAGGUACAUAUCGUUGCACAUAUCCCUGGAUCCGACGGAGAAGCUCUUGAAGGAUAUGCUCUAAACUAUUAUAAGAUUAUCAAUCGAUACGCAAACACAGUUGUCGGUCAAUUCUUCGGGCACACCCACUCUGAAAAGUUCUACAUGAUGUACGCGAACCCGGAUGACUAUAAGUCUACUCCAACUAAUGUGGUCUACUCGGCUCCGUCUGUGACACCCUACUCGGAUUAUUUCCCGGCUUAUAGAAUCUACACAAUUGAUGGGGUCCACAAGGGAUCAACUUAUCAAGUAAUCGACUAUGAGGAAUGGUUCUUCAACUUGACAUCCAACAAUGCGAAUCCAACAAAUGUGAAAUGGGAAGUACUCUAUCAAAGUGCCAACAUGGAAUAUGGUCUUAAAGGACAAAUCCCGACGGAGUAUAAUCAAAUGAUUGAGAGAAUGAAGACUGAUGAUAGUCUUUUCAACAAAUAUUACGAAAACCACAAUCGUCGUUCGAUCUACGAUGGUCGCGCGCCAUGCAACGAUCAACAAUGUCGAAACGGUUAUCUUUGCGACGCCCGUCAAUUCCAUCAGACCCAGCAGCUGUGUACCGAUUUGGAGGGAGGAAUUCAGAAGCCGGAGCCCAAAAAAAAUAAGUAUUCUGCACGAUUUGCCACAUCAAAUGAAAGACGGCGUGGAAAGGAGGAGUGCAAGAUUUGAAUGCGAUUUUUUUUUUUGAAAUUUAAAAUCCUACUAAUCUCCGGGUCGUGUUGAAUAAAUUAAUUUGUAUUU